AUGGCUGAUGAUGAUGAUGACAUUGAUAUUGCAGGUGAACUUAUAAUAAAUAUUGUGGAUGUAAAUCGGCACGCUCCUGUGUUCGGUCAGCCAGCUUAUCACUUGACGAUGGCGGAAGAACAACCCGUGGGUACAGUGCUGGACACGUUCACUGCUACCGAUAAAGAAACACCUGUCGCUGCUAUCAUCAUACAACCACCGAGUCCAUAUUUUGAGAUCAACAAUGUUACCGGCGUUGUAAAAACCACUCAACGUAUAGACUACGAGAAACUCCACAAUAUAGAAUUCACAUUAGUAGCGUUUGACUCCGGCGUUCCUCAGCUGUCUACAUCAGCGUCGGUUCUGGUGGAAAUCCUCAAUGUCAACGAUGAAGAGCCGGUAUUUGCAGCUGAAGCUUACGACGCAGCUGUAGCUGAACAUUCGGCUCCUGGUACUAAAGUUCUUACAGUCACUGCUGUAGAUAAAGAUGAAGGGGAGUUCGGUUCAGUCACUUACAGCUUGACUGGGAACUCAUCUUCUUUAUUCUCCAUCGACCCCAACACCGGCGUGGUAACAGUAGCUCAGUCUGCUGACAUCGAUCGCGAGACUAUUGCUGAUAUCUAUUUACGCGCUGUCGCCAGUGAUAAUGCGCCUGCGCAUCUCAAACGUACUACUAGCGUACCGGUACAUAUUAAAGUCUUAGAUAUAAACGACCACGCGCCUGUAUUCUCCCAACAAGUAUACAAAAGUACCGUCGCUGAGAACAUACGAUUAGAUCCACCACCUGCGAUACUUCAAGUCUUGGCUGAAGACAAAGACGAGGGAACCAAUGGAAAGAUAGAAUAUAAAAUCGUAGAGCAGAGUGAACCAGGCGUAUUCACGGUGGAUCCAAACACUGGUAUCAUAUACCCGGCCAAACCAGUGACCGGUAACACGACGUACCAACUGACCGUGGCCGCGACGGACGGAAGCGGACACGGACAAUACACGGACACGGCGAGAGUGGACAUCACUGUGCUCAGCGUUAAUAAACACAGUCCAGUGUUCGUACAUCCACCACCUGAACAGAGACAGUUGGAAAUACCAGAGAACGCCGCUCAAGCUGACUACCUGAUUACCACAAUAAAAGCAACAGACGAUGACAGUGGUGAGAAUGGACGAGUGUCUUACUACCUGAAGGUAGAUAACAAGAACGUCGGUGAAACACCUGAGUUCAGUCUUGACCCUGACUCCGGAGAGCUCAGGACCAAGACCUUCCUCGAUAGGGAAGAUAAUGCAGAAUAUCAGUUGGUAAUAGCAGCAGUGGAUAACGGUACUCCUGCUCAAUUCGAAACUCUACGAUUACUGUCUGUUGUGUUGGCGGACGAUGACGAUAAUGCGCCACGUUUCCAGAAUCCUCAACAUCAAUUCAGUAUAAAAGAGAACUUGCCCGUGGGAGUAGUUGUUGGUACUGUGAAAGCAACAGAUAAAGAUUCCGGGGAGCAUGGUAAAGUCUACUACCACAUAUUGGAAGGAAACCAGGAUGGAGUGUUCGUGCUGGAUAGGACACAAGGCAUCAUAAGGGCUAACAUUAGCUUCGACAGGGAGAAGCAACCGGAAUACUCUUUAACGAUAUACGCCAGCAACAAUCCUAUACUAGAGCACGCCGCCGCUAUUCUAAACUCCAUAGACAAUAACACUGAAAGUCAAGAUCACAGCAUCACGGUCGUCAAGAUAAAAGUCCUCGAUGAUAACGACAAUGAGCCGAAAUUCCAACAGAACGUGUAUCAUGCUGUAAUAAAGCAUACGGCGCGAGUGAAUGAGCCGAUCCUGUCAGUAGUAGCGGAAGAUCCGGACUUCGAAGAGAACGGUACCCUCAUCUAUGUAGUGGCUGCCUCCAACCUUUACAAGUUUGGUGCUUCUGAAUCCAGCGGCAGUGUGGUCCCAUCGCCUUUCAAUAUCAGUCAAGAUGGGGUGGUGAUGACCGCUUCCUAUAUGGCGGAGUACAACCAGGACAGGUUCGUGCUGGACAUUAUAGCUCAGGAACUAGCCCCGCCACAUAGACAAGCCAAGGCACAAGUUUAUCUAUGGAUAAUAGACCGGUCAUCCCUGAUCCGUAUGGUGGUGUCGCGUAGUUGUACCGCGCCCGUAUCUGGAGUACAGAAACGUCUCGCGGCCGCCGGGAACAUACUCUUGGUACCAGGAAGGAGGGUGCCUUUAGUGCAGGCCGAUAGAAAAUACGAUGAUUGGUGCGAGAUACACUUAUUAGCUGUAGAUCCAAAGACAUAUCAAGUGUUGCCAGUGGAACGAGUGCUGGAAAUUAUAGACUCAAAAUUCGAUGAUCUCAAAGAUAUUUACCAGGAGUACGGGGUGGAGACGCUGAUUGCGGCCAGCUCUACUUCUAAGGCUCCAGACAGCUUUGAUCCAGCUUUGGCUGCGCUGAUUGCACUUUUGAUCGUUCUAUUUACUGGAAUCGUUACUUUCAUCGUCGUUUGCGCUUGCCUCAAGCAUUGGGUGAUACCUCCUCCGUCCAUGCAGUCCAGCAAAGGCGACAGUUUAGCUCGUCGAAGGAUUCUAGAAGAAUUGAGUACUACAGAAAACCCUCUAUGGCUGGAAACAAAACUGAGGCCGUAUGAAGAACAGGAGCUCACCAUGAACGUAUUCGGCGAUCAACUCGAACCAGCAGCAGAGCAACCACAGACGGAUAACACGUACGCAACUAUACAAGGUAGUCGCACAACAGAACGGUUUGGUGACUACGCGACUUUAGGCGGAGAUUCGCCUACGCCAUUGGAAGCAGCUCUAGGAUUUCAGGGAAGCACAUUUAAACCACCAUCGCCGGAUACUCCAGAGCCACCACCCAGACCUUCAGCGGGCUUAGGACAACUAUAGUAAUAAUAUUUUAAUUUAUAAGAUUGAAAGUCAUUCCAUUUAAAAACUCGAAUCUCAAUUAAACUCGUGCAAAACUUCACUAGCAAAAGAAUUUAGUCAUUCCAUCGUUGACGUAUUAUGUAUUUUUUUUAAAUCAUUAUAUUAAAAGUUGACGAAAAUCGAAAAAAAAUCUAACCAAUGAUGUCACUUCAGUUAUUGUUUAAAAAGUAAAAGUUAAUAUUUGCUCUUUUUAUUACAAAUAAUAACAAAAUUUAAGAUACUUUAAACAGUUAUUAUUAUAAAACAGUGUGGCCUAAGAUUGUAUCCUUGUGGAACACAAAUUCACCAAUUGUAGAAAAGAAUAUUGAAAUAAUUUUGUUUUGUUUUAAUAAAACACUACAAAUUAGUUAGUUAGAUACUUAUAAAUUUUGUAGAUAAUUAAAAGUAAAGACUAAUUUUACCCUUAAUGAAUCUCGAUACUGACAGCUGGUAUUUUACUUGAUAUUUUUUAAUAGAUUUAUAUUUUUAAAAUAUUUAUAAGUAGAUUAGUUAGGUAUAUCGGCUUCGUUUCAAACAAAAACUUGCAUGUUGGCAAUGUAUUAUAUUAGUUUCGAAUCAUUAACAAAAGCAUUCCGAUGAAGACUGCUUACAGUACUAUAGUGUUACCAUAUAUCAUGUGAUACAUUGACAACGUCCAUUAUCUUUAGCUCUUAUUGUAUGAAUAUCGGAACAGGUACUUUUUUCAUUUCAUAAUUAUAUUUUUAUGUGAUCUUAGCCAAUAUUUUGUAUAAUAAUUGCAAUUAUUUUAUUACUAAAUAUGUUUUUAUUUUUUACAAUUUGUUUCUGAAUUUUGGUAACUUUGCAUUGUUUCCUCUAUUGCAUGUUUAUAUAAGAAUAUGACUGAUUUGUAUCGAAAAUACUAAAUAUGUCUAUUAUUUGUAAAACUAUUGCUAUAAUUGCCAUAUUUGUAGAUUGUACAAUUUUGUGUACAAAUUGUAUUUUAUAUACUUAAAUGUAAGUACCAAUUGAGAUAUUAUUGAAUCUAUCUAACGUUACAUUUACAAAACUUUAUGUAUGUAACAUAUGGAGAACUUUAUUGUAACUAGGUAAUUUUAUAAACGAAUAGUCAAUAAUAUAGAUUUCGUUAUUUUGUAAAUAUAUAAAUUUUUGACUUUUACACCUAAAAGUAUUAUUUAACGACUCUGAAAACAAUAUAUUUUGAUACUUCAGCAUUUGUGUUUUUAUAUAAUUCAAUGUCCUUCCUUAUUUAAUGCAUAAUAUAAAGACUUCAAUAAUUAAUAUUCAUCUGUAUCUUUUUUAAUGCCUUUAUAACACCUAUUUAAUGAAUCCAUUACAACUCUGACCGUAUCCAGGUAAGACGACAGAUUUACGUUGAGGCACUCUUCCAAGAAGAUCAUGGAUGUGGUCAAUUUCAAAUAAAGCUCUCCCAUUGCUUCUAUCUUCAUCAUUAUUAACCUUUGCAAGGUGUUGUUGUAGCCAUCUCUUUCUAUCUGCAAGAUUAUGAUUAAUUAUACUUCAAUAUGUAGCAUGAUCAUCGUAUAAUAUAUUUUAGUAAAUUCAA